AUGAUGUUGUGCAAUAUCCUCGUUCUUCUUCUUGCAUGGCCUCCGCUUGUGUUUACCGCAUCUUUACGCACCAGGCAGGAUGCUUGUGGAGACCUCAAAUCUUUGUUGCCUAGGUCGACAGUACUGAGUUCAGAUUCGACAUUCCACAAUCUAAGUACUGAGAACUGGUCAGCUACUGCAUGGGGAACUCCGUUGUGCAUUGUGCAGCCGCCUUCAACGGCUGACGUACAGAAAGCCAUCUCGUAUCUGAGUUCGUGGCGCGUGAAGUUUGCCAUACGAUCGGGAGGCCACUCACCAUCGCCAUUUGCCGCAAACACAGAUGACGGCGUUCUGAUCGACACCUCGUUACUAAGCACCAAAGAGUAUAACGCAAAAGAUCAGACGGUAAAAAUUGGGACUGGUUUGAAAUGGGGAGACGUGUACAGUUACUUAGACCAGUACCAAGUGACAGUCGUUGGCGGCCGGGUCUUAGACGUUGGCGUUGGCGGCUUGAUACUUGGAAGCGGACUUUCAUAUUUGUCAGAUCUCUAUGGCAUGGCUUGUGACAAUGUGGUCAACUUUGAGGUGGUCCUCGCAAAUGGCUCUGCAGUAGACGCAAACGCCACACAUCACAAAGAUCUUCACAAGGCUUUGAAAGGUGGGGGUAACAAUUUCGGUCUCGUCACAAGCUUCACUAUGCGCACUUACCCCAUCUACAAAGUCUGGGGAGGAGUGAAGAUGUAUGGCCAUGAGCAGAUUCCGGCACUAUACAAGGCGUUAGCUAUGUAUCAGGCCCAGCCGAGGAAGGAUCCAUAUGCGAACCUCAUGCUUCAACCUUUCGGUACCAAUGAGAGCCUAGGUGCGAUGCUGAAUAUGGUUUACCUCAAACCUGAGGAGUCGCCAGCCGCUUUUGACUCCUUCUAUGAUAUUCCCACAGUAUCAGAUGCAACAAAACUGCAGACCCUCAACGACAUGAUCAGCGGCCAAGUUGUGCCUAACCUUCCACGAUGGGACUGGCACGCUACCAGCUUCACUCCAUCCGCUGAAAUCUACGAGAAGAUUGACUCAAUCAUAUCGACGGCACCUGAAGUCGCCCAACUCAAAGCGUUGACCGGUGGCACACUUGUCCUUGGAUUUCAACCAAUCUCAUCAAGCCUCGUGCAAGCAAGCCGCGACCGAGGCGGUAAUGUUUUGGGCCAUGACAAAGUGAAUCAAACCUGGAUGGUGCUUGACAUAGGUUGGUGGAGAGAACAAGACGAUGCCACUGCUCACAAUGCAACACGUGCUCUGUUGCAGAAGAUCGAGAAAGUGACCAGGGCGAGUAACUCGUACAUUCGUUACAUCUUCAUGAACGACGCGAGCUGGGAUCAGGCAGUCCUUGCCCAAUAUGGGUCUAAUAACGUCGGAUACAUGCGUCAAGUGCGGGAAAAGCUUCUAGCACGGCGCGGUCACUACGAUUACGGCGCAGUCAAUAUCAUGGUUACACUUCACUGCAUUGGAUACUUCAUUGGCGCCAGCGUGAUAGCAGCUACUUCCGCAUCAUUUCUGCCUCGUGUCGACUCACCUCGUUCCCAGUUGACAACCGACGCAUUAGUCGCUAUGAAUCAUCCCAUGCCCAGCCCAAUUCCUAGCUUGGUCCACUCUCUCGACCUUCCUGAUGGGCAGGCUAACGCCGUUCUAAAUGUCUUCAGUGACUACCCUGCCGUCGAUGAAUUCCUGACUGGAAAAUCCGAGGAUGGCUCGAUGCUGACCAGUGCAGCUUGCGCAGUACUGAAGCUGAUCCUAGGAGAGACCAAAGUAAACUCAAAGCCUGUCAACGCCACCUUGACGGACGAUAAUUGGUCACAAACAUGCUGGAAGUCGCCAAGCUGCGUUGUUUUGGCCGAGAGCAAGAAAGAUGUUUCUGUGGCUAUGAUGAUUAUCAAGUUUUUCAAGCUCAAGUUCGCUACGCGCAGCGGAGGACACUCACCGAACCCCGGAUGGUCGUCGAUCGGUGAAGACGGCAUUCUGAUCGAUCUCCAGAAAUUGAACGCGAUCAGUGUCAGUGACGACAAGAAAGUCGCUAGUAUAGGACCUGGCCAAAAGUGGGGAAAGGUUUAUGAGGCCUUGGACUCGUAUGAACUAAGUGUGAUUGGAGGACGUAUUCCUCAAGUCGGCGUAGGCGGACUGAUACUUGGAGGUGGCUUCUUCCAUUUUUCUGGAAAAUAUGGCCUUGCAGCAGACAAUGUAAAGGACUUUGAGGUCGUCCUGGCGGAUGGAUCUGUUGUGAAUGCCAACGCCGAUUCCAACAGUGAUCUGUUCUGGGCUCUCAAAGGCGGAGGACCCAACUUCGGCAUUGUUACCAAAUUCGACAUGUACACCGUGCCUGUACAUAAGAUAUGGUAUACGGUGUCUGUCUACAGCUCCGAUAAUGCUGUGGCCUGCAUCGACGCCUUUGCCAAGUGGCAGGAAACUGCAUCGUCCGACUCCAGAGCCACCGUAGCGAUGAUCAUUGGUCUCGAUUCCAUCACAUUAGGGUUCCUCUACGCCGAACCUGAAGCGCCUCCCGACAUCUUUGCUGCCUUUGACAACCUGCCCGCCCCUCUCGCCGUUGCAGUUCCGCCUACGACUGGCACUGUAAACAUUCUGUCCCAAAUAUUAGCAUCCACCUCUUCCUCUGAACCUAUGCGUCACGAUUACCGGGGCGUUAGCUCGGAUGUGGACGCUCAACUUUACAAAGACGUCUACGCCAUUUGGAAAGAAAAGGCGACCGCCGUACAUGCUGAGACAGGCGCAAACAUGACAUUCGUGCUGCAACCUAUCACCGCAGGCUUAACUGCAGCUAGCAAUGCCGCCGGUGGAAAUCCCAUGGGUAUUCCUGAGAAGACGCACCAAUGGUGGACUACGCUAGUUGACUGGACUGCUGCCGCCGACGAUGCGGCAGUGCGCGCCGUGCCCAUUGCAGUCACUGAUACCAUGAAGCAGCUCAGUGAAGAGCGUGGUCUUGACAUACCUUUCAUCUUCACCAAUGACGCAUCGCGCGACCAGAACCCGAUUGCAUCGUAUGGUGCGGCCAAUGUUCAGAAGCUCAAGGAGGUGGCGGAAAAGUACGAUCCUGGAAAAGUUUUCCAGAACCAACAGAGCGGUGGGUUUUUGCUCAAAGAUCUAUAA